AUGACCCCCAUCAGGGCCCUGCUCUGCCUCGGGCUGAGUGUGGGCCUCAGGACCCCAGUGCAGGCAGAGACCGUCCCCAAGCCCACCCUCUGGGUUGAGACAGGCCCUGUGAUCCCCUGGGGAAGCUCUGUGACUGUCUCCUGUCAGGGGAAUCCCGAGGCAGAUGAGUACCGUCUGGAUAAAGAGGGAAGCCAAACACCAUGGAAAACACAGAAGCCACAGGAGCCCGGGGACAAAGCCAACUUCUCCUUCUCACACAUGACAGAGCAUGAUGCAGGGAUAUAUCGCUGUUACUAUCACAGCACUGGUGGCUGGUCAGAGCGCAGUGACCACCUGGAGCUGGUGGUGACCACAGGAUCCUACAGCAGACCCAGUCUCUCAGCCCUGCCCAGCCCUGUGGUGACCUCAGGAGGGAACGUAACCCUCCAGUGUGGCUCAGGGGAGGCGUUUGACAGGUUCCUUCUGACUAAGGAAGGAGAUGACAGGCUCUCCUGGACCCUGGACUCACAGCCACAGUUCAGUGGGAAGUCCCAGGUUCUAUUCCCCGUGGGCCCUGUGACUUCUAUUCAUAGGGGGACGUUCAGAUGCUAUGGCUGCUACAGAGCCAUCUCUCAGGUGUGCUCACAUCCCAGUGAACCCCAGGAGCUCCUGGUUUCAGGUGAGUCUGGGAAGCCCUCUCUCCUGAGCCAGCAGGGCCCCAUCGUGGCCUCUGGACAGAGCCUGACCCUCCAGUGUGGCUCUGAUGUCAGCUAUGACAGAUUCGCUCUGCACAAGGAGGGGGAUCGGGACCUCCUCCAGAGCCUUGUCCUGCAGCCCCAGGCUGGGCUCUCUCAGGCCCACUUCUCCCUGGGCACUGUGAGCAGCUCCCAUGGGGGCCGGUACAGAUGCUACGGUGGAUACAACCUCUCCUCUGAGUGGUCAGCCCCCAGCGACCCCCUGGACAUCCUGGUGGCAGGACACGUGUCUGACAGACCCUCCCUCUCGGUGCAGCCAGGCCCCAGGGUGGCCUCAGGGAAAAACGUGACCCUGCUGUGUCAGUCACAGAGGCAGAGGGACAUGUUCCUUCUGUCCAAGAAGGGGACAGCUGAUCCUCCCCUGCGUCUGAGAUCAGAGCACCGAGCUUGGCAGUACCAGGCGAAGUUCUCUAUGAGUCCUGUGACCUCAGCCCACGGGGGCACCUACAGGUGCUACAGCUCACUCAGCACCUCCCCCUUCCUGCUGUCACGCCCCAGUGAGCCCCUGGAGCUCCUGGUCUUAGAUCUCAACUGGAACCUGAUCGUCCUGAUCGGGGUCUCAGUGGCCCUGGUCCUGCUGCUCUCCCUCCUUCUCUUCCUCUUCCUCCGAUUCCGGCGUCAGAGCAGAGGCAGGACAUCUGAUGCUUCUGUGAAGGACUCGCAGCCUGGGGAGAGAGUGGAGCUGGACCCUCGGAACGGGCAGGAUGAAGACCCCCAGGGAGUGACGUAUGCCCAGGUGAACCGCUCAAGACCAAGACCCACGCAGGGAACGGCUGCCUCUUCUUCCUCCCUGUCAAAGGAAGUGCUGGACACAAAGGGCAGACAAGCAAAAGAGGACAGACAGAUGGACAGUCUGGCUGCAUCUGACAACUCCCAGGAUGUGACCUACGCCCAGCUGAACCUCUUGACCCUUAGACGGCAGACAACUGCACCCUCAUCCUCCCCAUCAGAGGAGCCCCCAGGAGAACCCAGCUUGUACGCUGCUCUAGCCUUCCACUAG